GAGGAUGAGUGUUACGAUCAGAGAAUGGAACAGCGGCAAUUGGUUAUGGCUCGCCGUGAAAAAAAAGGUUUACAAAGGCCAAGUAAGAACUUGGACACGAAAAAGAGGAAAGGAAGGGGACCUACAAAGUCACUAGGGAAACCCACCCUAAUGACUUUGGAUUACGAUCAUUUGGGGCAACCUUGUGGAAAAUGGCGUCAAAAGUAUGCCAUGCAAGUUGGGAUUUGCAUGCAUAAGCUCUUCAUUCUCCACUCAUGGAAAGAGGUCCCCGAGACUUUGAAGAAGAUGAUUUGGGAAGAUACUAUGAAUCAAUUCCAUAUUCCAAAUGAUGAAGCGAAGAAGGAUUUGUUUCUAUCCGCGGUUGCCCAGAGGUUCCGAGACUUCAAGGCCAAGCUAGUGUCGGGGUGGAUCACGAAGCGGAGAAAAGUCGGGGGAACAAAGAAGAAGAAGAUCUACGACGGGGGAGCAACACCUUCUUCUGAGGCUUCACAGGACACAUUAGUUGAGGCGCCCUCCAAGCUUCCAUAUCAGAUAUGGAGGCAUAUCACAGCUGAGGAGUGACAUGCAUUUGUUGCACAAAAAACAACCCCAGAAGCUGUUGUAAGAAUUUUUUUACUAGCUAAGAUUUAAUACUUUUAGAUCCAAUAUUAUUG